AUGUCUGGUGAAUCGAUAGCUAAAGAGGCCAACUCUGCUUUUGCAGAGCUCAAAGUGCUUACAAAUUCCGAAAGAUCACAAGCGUUGGAGAAUAUCUACAAAUCUUUGAAAGAUAAUAAAUCGUCUAUCCUUGAAGCUAAUAAGGUAGACUUGGAAAAUGCCAGAUCCAAGAACCUUUCAUCGUCCUUGAUUAAGAGAUUGGAUUUAGGAAACCCUGGGAAAUUUGACUCCAUGCUUCAAGGUAUAUUGGACGUUGCCAACUUGCCUGACCCGGUGGGGAAAGUGACUUUGGCUAAGAAGAUCGACGAGGGAUUGAAUUUGUAUAGAGUCACUGCGCCCAUUGGUGUUUUGUUGAUCAUUUUCGAAAGCAGACCUGAGGUGAUUGCAAAUAUUACGGCAUUGGCUAUAAAAUCCGGUAAUGCUGCCAUAUUAAAAGGAGGGAAGGAAUCCUACCAAACAUUCAAGGUGAUGAGUAAUAUUGUCAGCGAGGCAUUAUCGCACACGAAAGUUCCCUCGAAAGCUAUUCAGCUAAUCGAAAGCAGAGAGGAUGUUGCAGAUUUAUUGGACCAAGAUAAAUACAUUGAUUUGGUCAUUCCUAGAGGUUCGAAUGAGCUUGUGCGCAAUAUAAAAUCAAAUACAAAGAUUCCAGUAUUGGGCCACGCUGACGGUAUAUGUUCCAUCUACAUCGACUCGAAAUUCGAUUUGGAAAAAGCUAAAAGAAUAGUAGUUGAUUCCAAAACAAACUAUCCUGCAGGCUGCAAUGCUGUAGAGCAACUAUUGCUCAACAAGAGUAUUGCAGAAGAUGAAGUCAAGGAGAUUAUCAAUUCCUUGAUCGACGAAAAAGUGACGGUUCAUGUAACACCUGAAUUGAAGCGAGUAAUUUCAGGAUUGAAUCGUGACUACAUUGUUGAUGCCGAUGACAGUUCCUUUGACAGGGAGUACCUCUCGUUAGAUAUAUCGGUGAAAUAUGUCGACGAUGUCAAGGCUGCUAUUGAUCAUAUAAACCAGCACUCUUCAAAACACACAGAAUCUAUCAUAACUGAGGAUGAAGAGAUAGCAAACUUGUUUCUCAAGAGCAUUGAUUCUGCUGGUAUUUAUUGGAACGCAUCGACCAGAUUUGCUGACGGUUUUAGAUACGGCUUUGGAACUGAAGUUGGAAUCAGCACAAACAAAAUCCAUGCAAGGGGCCCUGUUGGAUUAGAAGGGUUGAUGAGCUAUCAAUACCAGCUAAAAGGUGAUGGUCAUAUAGUCGGUGAAUACGUUGGAGGAGGUGGUGAAAAGCUAUUUGUUCAUGAAGAUAUUUAG